GUGCCGCCAUGCUGCCAUCGCUAAGUACUUUGGAGACGCACCACCUGCCUGCGCCAAAGGCUGUGACCACUGCCAGAGUCCUGCAGCCGUAAGGAAGAAGCUUGAUGCCCUGGAGCAUAGCAGUAGCUGGAGUAAGACCUGCAUCGGGCCCUUCCAGGGGAACGGCUUCGAUCCAGAACUGUAUGAGGGAGGCCGCAGAGGCUGCGGGGGCUUCAGCAGAUAUGAUGAAGGUUCUGGAGGUAGCGGUGACGAGGGCAGAGAUGAGGCCCGCAAGCGUGAAUGGAAUCUUUUCUAUCAGAAGCAGAUGAGCCUGCGCAAGGGCAAAGAGGCCAAGACAGAAGAAUUCACACCCCCAGAUGAAGACUGUCCCCUGAGAGAGGCUUCAAGCAGGAAGAUCCCUAAGCUCACAGUGAAGGCCCGUGAGCACUGCCUGCAGCUUCUGGAGGAGGCUUUGAGCAGUAAUCACCAGGCUGCAGGGGCCACUGAUGGAGCUGACCUGCAGGCCAAAGCAGUGGAGCUGGAGCAUGGGGCAUUCCGGAAUGCCAAGAUGGUCAACCUGUACAAGGCCAGUGUUCUAAAGAAGGUGGCUGAGAUCCACAAGGCCUCCAAGGAUGGUCAGCUCUAUGACAUGGACGGUGGCACCAAGAGUUGCAGUGCUGGGGUUGAGCCCUCAGAGCCCAAUGACUAUGAUGUCCCCCCAACCUCACACAUUUACUCGCUCAAACCCAAGAGAGUAGGAGCUGGCUUCCCCAAAGGCGCCUCCCCGUUCCAGACAGCCACAGAACUGUUGGGGAAGCAAGCCCCCAAGGGUGUGCCGGGAGGUGAACAAGGCCCCCCAAGCUGGUGCUGUGACUAUCAAGAUGAAGACAGGAACAAGCCCCUCCCUGAGAACCAACGAGAGGCUCCUGGAAGUAGUGUCAACUGUGGGGAGCUCUCGCCUCAGAAGAGGACAAAGGGCUCUUCCCAGGGCAGUGUCAGGGCUGGAGCCAGCAAGAAACAGCAGCUCCUAGCUGCAGCAGCCCUCAAGGAUUCCCAGAGCAUCACUCGAUUCCUCUGCCAAAGAGCAGAGAGCCUACCUUCACCUGCUCCAGGCCCAAGAUCAGGAGACGUCACCCCCUCCUGUGGAGGCGAGCCAGAAGACUGCACACAAGUUGGAGCCCAGGCACAUUUGAGUGCUCGAGUUCAGACUGAGUGUCCCAGGGAGGGGCCAAGCACCUGCUCACUGCAAGUCCACAGCUGUCCUGAAGGUCAGCCUAGCACUCUACAGGAAGCCCAGGCAGGCAAGCGGCCCAGACCUCAGCAAGUACUAGAGGAGGAGAGCUCAGAGAGAACUCAGAAGAGGCUUCGCCCCUCAACCAAUUCCUCCAUCUUGGCUGAGGCCAAGGGCAGUGCCUUGGCCAGUGAUCACAGCACUGAGAAUAAGGUGACUGGAGAACAUUGCCAGCUCUCAGCUCCUGGCAUCUCUGUGAAAGAGGCUGCCGCUGUUGUGGUCAAGUACCUGACCCCUUUCUACAAGGAGGGCAGGUUCAUAUCCAAGGAGUUGUUUAAAGGCUUUGCCCGCCACCUCUCACAUUUGCUGGCUCAGAAGACCUCUCCUGGAAGGAGUGUGAAGAAAGAGGCCCAGAGCCUCAUCAAACAGUUUUUCCAUGAUCGUGCCCGCUGUGAGAGUGAAGCUGACUGGCGUGACCUAUGUGUCCCACAGAGAUGACCUGCUGCUGCUGCUGGCUGAACAGGGUCAGCAUCCCGCCUCCUGUCAUGGGCAGGCCCAUGCCAAAGGAGCUAACUUUCUCAGGGCACCCCCCCCCAGCUCCUACGCCUACCAGACCUCAAUUAAAGGUGUCAUUAGACACUCAAACCAAGCAGAAGGUCAGAGGUUAGCCCACCUUCCUGCUCAAAACCCCAUGGUCCUUUCUCUCAGCCUGCUGCUCCUGGCCUUCAUGGCCAGGUCCCCAUACAGCUGCAGCCAGAGAAAAAUGCAGUGACCUUCCCAUCUUGUUCUUGAGUUCUCUGCCAUUCCCACUGUCUUCCUUUAGACACCAGGCUCCAGGCCCUGACCAUCUGCUGGUCAGCAAGGCCAGACCCAAUGAAAUGUGUGCAAGAAUAAAGUCCUACUGGAGACACAUGCUCACA